CCAGAGGACAGAACAGGGGUUGACAGACAGACGUACAGGGUUGGUCGGACAGACAGAAGGAUACAGCAGAAAAAUAGAAAGUUGUUAAUAAGCUCUCAAGCCAAGAUGGGAGCUCGUCUCAGACGCUACUCUGAGCUCAUGACACUUCCAGACUCCUUCAUCCAGCGCCAGCAGCUGGAUGCUAGCAUGGCCGACACCUUCCUGGAGCACCUGUGUCUGCUGGACAUCGACCAGGAGCCAAUCGUAGCCCGCAACACCAGCAUCGUCUGCACCAUUGGCCCUGCGUCUCGUUCCAUCCCUAAACUACAGGAGAUGGUGAAAGCAGGAAUGAAUAUUGCUCGACUCAACUUCUCUCACGGAACUCAUGAGUACCAUGGUGAGACGAUCAAAAACAUCAGGGAGGCUGUGGACACGAUCACCUCCGACCCCUUGUAUUACAGGCCCGUGGCCAUCGCCCUCGAUACAAAGGGUCCAGAGAUCCGGACAGGCUUGGUAAAAGGGAGUGCGGAUAACGAAGUGCAGCUGGAGAAGGGGGCUCAUGUGCGCGUGGUGACAGCGGAGGAGGAGAAGGACAGCACAGAUGGGAAGGUGAUCUGGGUGGACUACCCCAGCCUGCCCAGCGUCAUUCAGCCGGGUGGGAGGAUCUACAUCGACGACGGGCUCAUCGGCCUCAAAGUCCUGGAGACGGGCCCAGACUGGGUGGAGGCCGUGGUGGAGAGUGGGGCGGUGCUGGGGAGCCGUAAGGGGGUCAACCUGCCGGGCUGUGACCUGCUGGGCAUGCCGGCGGUCAGUGAGCGUGACGAGGGAGACCUGAGGUUCGGGGUGUCCCAGGGCGUGGACAUCGUGUUCGCCAGCUUCAUCCGCUCGGCGCAGGACGUGCGGGAGGUGCGACGGGCGCUGGGGCCGAUGGGGCGAGACAUCAAGGUGGUCAGCAAGGUGGAGAGUAGGCAGGGCGUGCAGAAUUUUCAGGAGAUCCUGGCUGAGAGUGAUGGAGUGAUGGUCGCCAGGGGCGACCUAGGGAUAGAGAUCCCCGCGGAGAAAGUCUUCAUCGCUCAGAAGAUGAUGAUUGGCCGCUGCAACUCUGCUGGCAAGCCUGUCAUCUGUGCCACACAGAUGUUGGAGAGCAUGGUGUCUCACCCCCGGCCUACCAGAGCAGAGGGUAGCGACGUAGCCAACGCUGUGUUGGAUGGAGCCGACUGCGUCAUGUUGUCUGGAGAAACCGCCAAAGGACUGUUCCCUGUGAAGGCUGUUGCCAUGAUGCACUCGAUCUGCCGGGAGGCGGAGGCAGCCAACUUCCAUCAGCAGUUAUUUGAGGAGCUUCGUCGCCUGACCCCGCUGUCGUCUGACCCCACGGAGGUCACGGCCAUCGGCGCCGUGGAGUCCUCCUUCAAGUGCUGUGCAGGAGCCAUCAUCGUCCUCACCACCUCCGGCAGGUCUGGUCAUCUCCUGUCUAGGUACCGCCCUCGUUGCCCCAUCAUUGCUGUAACCAGGAAUCCCCAGGUGGCUCGCCAGUCCCAGCUGCUGAGGGGCGUGUUCCCUGUGCUGUACCACCCUCUGCCCGCGCCCGUCUGGGCAGAUGACCUGGACAACAGAGUGGCCUUCGGCAUGGACAUAGGAAAGGCGAGGGGGUUCUUCAAGUCAGGAGACAUGGUGAUUGUGGUGACAGGAUGGAUCCCUGGGUCGGGUCACACUAACAUCAUGAGGGCGGUCAAUGUGCCCUAAAUACGCUGCUGCUAUUGGACACUGUGACUAACGGACAAACAAACCAACCAACGACAGAGAGUUCAGCCGUUUACACAGUAGUACUCUACUCUCCAGUAGGCUCCCUGUGCCUUAAACAGAUAAAGGAGAAUAUAUCCCCUAAAGCCUGUGACUAUCCCGUUUAAUGCCAGUGACAGUCUCUACUCUAUACCUGUUGGUUGACCAGAGAAGCACUGACUCCAUCCAA